AGAGCUCUGCAGUGACAGUGGGGAGUACAAUCCGCGUGCAGUCAGCGCGAGGCAAAGACCUACUGACAACAAGCUGAUGAGGGGACACCACACGUGCUGGAGUGAUGACUGACCACGCAACACUUUGGAACAAAUGACUGAAGUCUACACAUUCAGAAGGUGCCAGCAGUUGCACAUGAAUCUAAUUUGAUUACCUUUGAAUGCGAAAAGAUGCUGCAGAGGGUUUUAUCUACAAUGGGGUCUUAAAAUUGCUCCAAGAUAAUCGACUUCAACGAUUUUACUGACAGGAUCUCUUGGUGGGAGUCUGUGAGUGGGGGCUGGCAUGUGGCCCCCUGAUCUCGGGCCUCCAGAUGUGACUCUUCCUGGAUUUGGGAGUGUGUUUGAGGAUGCUGAGGAUCUUCAGGCGCCACUGUCUUCUGGUGGCUUCUGCCAGCCGUCGAUCCAUUCGGGAGGCCUGUGCUGUCUUCCCAGGACCUCACUGUCGCUCUCCUCGCUUGGGCGUGACCUCACCUCCCUGCUCAACUGUAAGACAGCCGGAUCCCACAUAGAAAAGACUGUGGAGGACUUUGCAACCACAGCUCACACAGACACCCAAAACAGCACUCAGAGGUUCAGCUGCUACCCUCAGCCUUCCUUCCCAAUUUCCUACAUGCUCACCAGCUGUGCCACAUCUUCAUCUUUCGCCUCACCACCUUCCUCACUGUCUUCUGCCUCCUCAUCUCUACUUUUUGCGUCUUGCUUGCCUCUUUCUGAUGCCAACAAUAAAUUGUCUCAACAACAACAAAAGCCACAGGAGGAAUAUUGCUCCGUAAAACAAGAACCUGCAGAUGAUUUCUUGCCAUGUAAGAGGGAACAGUUUCAAAUUAGCAACCAGCAGGGGGAGCUGUACCAUUUAAAUCAGGCUUUUCAAGGAUACAGCAAUCAGGACAGCACACAGUCCUCUCUUCAGUCCCCCAUGAUUAACGUACCUGUGGGACAGGACCCCACGCUUGACCAGCAGGAGCAACCGUGUCAUUGGAUCGACUGCAGUGCCACUUAUAGCACCCAGGAGGAGCUAGUGAGGCACAUCGAGAAAGUGCACAUCGACCAGAGAAAAGGGGAGGAGUUUGCAUGUUUCUGGACUGGCUGCGUGCGACGCCACAAACCGUUCAAUGCUCGCUACAAGCUGCUUAUCCACAUGAGGGUCCAUUCUGGAGAAAAACCCAACAAGUGCAUGUUUGAGGGCUGCUCCAAGGCGUUCUCCCGUCUGGAGAACCUGAAGAUCCACCUGAGGAGCCACACAGGGGAGAAACCUUAUAUUUGCCAGCACCCCGGCUGCCUCAAGGCUUUCAGCAACUCCAGUGAUCGUGCUAAACACCAGCGCACACAUCUGGAUACGAAACCAUACGCCUGUCAGAUACCAGGAUGCACCAAGCGCUACACUGACCCCAGCUCAUUACGAAAGCACGUCAAAGCUCAUUCAGCCAAAGGCCUUCAGGAAAAGGAGGUCAAGGUUCAGGUGCACACGAUGCUGGAAUCUGACGUCUUAAGUGACUGCCUGGCACGCCAGCAUCUCCACAGCUCUGCCUCGUCCCACCAAGAAAACAGCUCACCUUUACCGGCUUUAGAUGACUUCACAGGUGUGUACUCAAACAGCAGCAGCACCGCCCACAGUCGGGGGAAUUCAGAGUUUCUGCCCCCAUCAGCAGACUCGAGGUAUCCAGGCCUGGAGGGAAACUUUGAUGCUAAUAGCCCAAUAUCUUCAUUAACAAGCCCGGGGAGCAUGAGAGAGGGGAACAGACCAGCUUCCUUGUUUGUGUCCGCUGAUGUGAUCCCAGCGAGUCCCUGCUCAGACAGAGUGGACGUCCGGCUGCAGGGCUUCCAGAAAACCUACAACCACCAACAGCAAGUGUUCUCGCAGCAACAAGGCUGCCUGUAUGGAGAGGGAAAGAUGGCUCAAGCACCCAGCGAUGGAGGUUUUGAGCCUGCAAGUUACUUCACCAACCAGCCCACCUCCCACUCUACAGGGUUUGACUUGCUGCAGGACCUGCAGGGUCAGGCGGGGGGCGGUUACUCCUUGCCUCCCUGCCCAGACGACAGCUUCCUCUUCCAGGCAGGUGGUGUCGACCGCUGCCUCAGUCAGAUUUACUCCGUCUAUCUGGACUCGUGAUGGCCACCCAGAAAGACGCUAUGCAGCAUGAAUGCGACAGCUGACAAUCACUCACUUAUGUAUAUAUCUAAGGAUCAUUUUAUCAGCAUUGUUCCUUUUUUGGCAAGAGAAAAAAGCCAGUGGGAGUUUAAAUGGUACAAAAAUAACUAGAGGCUGAAAAACUCUCGUUAAGCUGUGGAUCUGUGGACAAACAGACAAAUGGCCAAAAGGGAAAAUCGCAGAGAGACGGUACUGUGCAAGAGUCUUGACCCACCCAACAUUUCUUUAUAUUUUGCUAGCAAAAUGGGAAAUAGGCGAUGCCGUUUGUUGAAAUGUUCACAGGUAUAAGGCAGAAACAGUGUUUGCAGAUUUCUAAAAAGCUUGAAAGUCAAUAUCUGGUAUGACGCUUUCAUUUAAUUUCUUUAAGUAGUCUUUAGGAAAUGUCCUCCAGACUUCUUGAAGAACAUUUAAAGCUUUUCUUUGGAUGUUUGCUGCAUUGAGCUAUGUGCUCUGUCAACAUGAUCCCACACUGUUUCAGUAAUGUUGAGGUCCGGCCCCUGGGGAGCCCAGUCCAUGACCGAUACUGUUCCGUUGUGUGUUUUUCUAUUCAGGUAUGCUUUUACUGCAUCUACAGUGUGUUUGGGAGCGUUGCCACUAAGAGGAUUUUCAGAUGGUAUUGAAUGGUGGACCGAAAUCUGACAGUAUCAGUUGUGACAGGAUCCCCAAGGGCAUGUCUGUCAGAUGAUAAUACUAUUACUAGAAUAGUGUUAUAAGCCUGCCACUUCUUCGUUUGUCCCUUGCUUGUUCAGUUCCCUAAAAUUCUUUAAGGAUGCUGCUCAGAGGUCAGUGUAAAGUGGCUUAAUAAACAAAAGCAUUCCUGUGAAAAUGCCCAGGUACAAGCUCUAACCAGUGUCCAAAAUAAAUGUUGAAAGACUUUCAGAAAGCCUGGAGGGCUAUUGCUCAAGAGCACUUUAAAGAUUACAAGAGGGUCUGGCUCCUUGGAAGUCAAGUAUAAUGAAAUUAGGAGUUGGUCAAGAUUUCUGCACAGUAUUCUCAGUAGCAAAGUAGCAAUGACUUUUUUUUUUCUAAACUCAGAAAUGACCACAACAUUUGUGUUUUCUGGAUAGAAGGAGCUGCAUGCUGUAUUUUCUUUGUCUUUGUCUCCAAUGUUGAUCUUAGCCAGUGAGGACACUUCUGCCUCUGCAGCAGCUUGGUUUGUAGGAGAUAAUCAAAGAAGUAAUCCAUAAUGCAGUGCUUCUCAACCUCGUGUGGGUACACGAAGUGGAAUGUAGAAGAUGAUUAUAAAGACAUCAGUAAAACGAAACAUCCACAUUCACAAAAUAUUCUAAUUUCAUAUUUUCUUGUUUGUGUGUAAAUAUUUUUUAUUUUUUUGCAGUCCUCAGUGAUUUAGAUGAAACAGUGGAGGUUCGAGAAUAACUCACAGACAUAAAGUUGUAAAUAAAACGCUCAGAUUCAGCUUUUUAAUUCAACACAUUCAGCAGUUUAAACAUUUCAAAGCUUAGGGAGAGAUUCUUGCUGUGUGUUUAUCUGAGUUACAUAAGAAGACUGAUAUCUCUUUCUUGUUGUUGUAUUAACUAUGAAGCUACAGCUACCAGCUGGUUAGCUGAGUGCGGGAUAAAGACUGGAAACAGCUAGCAUGGGUCUAACAAAAGCAAUAAAAUGGACCUAAAAAACAUCUAUAGAAGAUGCUUUCAGCUGCUCCCUUCUUUCCAAGGGGAGGCAUAGCAAAUGGUUCCAACCAUUUCCUCCUGAUAAUCAGUGUAUUCAUUUAUGUUUCCAAUGAUAUCUCAUGUGUUUGUGUGGCCUCUGAUCCAAAGAGACAGAAAUCACAAUAAAGUUAAACUGAAAGAUACUUUUUUCCUGUAGUUCUCAGGAGGAUAUACACUCGGCUUUGCUGAUGCGGUGUCCCUCCCCCAUUCAACCAGGCUUGGUUCUGGCACUGAGGGAGUACACUGGCUUGAGUCACUUGAGGCUGGGUUUGUGUCUCCUCACAGUCUUAAUUUUGAAUUUUAUUUUAUUUUUUUGUAUGUAUGUAAAGCAAAUGUGUUGACCACAAAAAAGCUCAGUUGAAUGUCUGAAUAGAAAUCUAUAAACUGGGAGUCUUAACAUUUAGAUGUCCUGUGAAGGGAAACACGGAGGUUUAUGGUUGCAUGCCAUCAAGAGGACAGAAUGAAAUCUUUCAGUUUUCCAGGUUUUUCUUGAUAUGAAAUCUUUAACACACAAAAUGCUACUUUCAGCUACUCCCUUAUUGAUCACGUUAAGAGGAAGCAUGUAAACAAACAUUGUGCUUGAAUCAUUACAAAUUAAUACAAAUGUAGGAAAGCCUUUACACUACACAAUAUCACUGUUGCUAUAAUGUGUUUUCACUUAUUCAAAGCAAAUUCAUGUAUGGAACCUCUGACAUUUAUAGUUUUAUAAACAUAGCCCACAUCCUGUAAAGCUGCAGUUUAUGAUGUCCUUGCCUGUAGCUACAGGUAGCACCUCAGUCAGUUACACAGAGGCCUAUCAACAAAUGUUGGUAUUAAAUAUCCUGGACAUUAAAAAAAAUGUAGGCAUUAAGGUAUUUGUAAGCCUUUAGAUUUUCUUUUCUCUAGGCUGUGGACAUUAAAAAAGUAUUUUUAAUGAUCAGUGGUAAUACAUAAAACGACUCAAAUCAGCUUCCAGUUUGUCAGACCAAUUGCUUUAAACUACUUUAUGGACGUAUUUGAUCCAGACCUUUUGAUGAUGGUGUUUAAAGUGUGCACAUCACCGCCACUGUGCAACAGAAAUGCUUUUUCUGCAGACGUCUUAAGGGGGUGUCACAACACGUAACAUCUGUUUCCUAAAUGUCCAAACUGCUUUACUACAACAUCUGUAUUCAUCAUGUGAAAAAGCUUGUUUUUUCUUUCAGAAACACAAUGACUGUAAAAGAGCAGCUGCAAAACUGUAAAUUCUUUUCUGUAUCUUGGUAAUGACUUAGGGUUAAUUUGUUCUGACAAUAAUUAGAUCCUCUAGGAGUGUAGUGGUUUACACAUUUUCCUAAUAAGUAAAGAAAGUGUCUUCUCCCAGUUUGAGACUGGGAUGCACAACAGGGAGGGCAUCAAGUGUUUAAAAAUGUCUCAGCCAAUCAAACUACCUGCUGUGGUGACUCCUUAUGAAUAAAAGGGGAGCUGAAAGUAGCUUUUUAAUAGAGCAGUGGAAGUUGUUUCAUUUUAUCCCAUUCAUAUGUGUGUGAAGUCAAACGGAUAAAUUUUAGCAUGCUUUAUGGUGUGCACAACAUUAUACUGUCUCAAGGAGGAAGCUUGGAAAACAUUUUAAAGCUGUAUGAAGCUAUUUCCAGUCCUCAUGUGAAGCUAACCUAACCCAGCUGCAGCCUUACACUAAACAGUCAUCAUAUGUAGCUCGCAACAAGAAAGACAUCAUCUGAAGAUAAUAAUUUACUCCUUUAAGGUCAUAGUGUGUGUUUGUGAGUAACCAGAUUAUCUUGUAUCUGCAGUGUCAAUGAGCAAACUCACUCUGCUUGUGACUAGAGGGGAAACUGCAGCAGAUACCCAAAACAGGGCUGCUGUAUAGAAAUGUUCCAGAAAUGUCACAAAGGGGAGUUGAUGUGGAUGAAACAAACAAAACUAUGCAAUAAACUGCACUAAAAUAAAGUUAUUCUCAAAAACAGGACAGCAGUAUAAUCGUUUUUGCAACAGUGUGACUGGUUUCUUCAGCGCGCUGCCUUUUAUGUGUUUAUUGUACAGUUUCGAUCAGUGUUAUUUUCAGUGGGAGGAGGCAUCCGUUGUUUACAGUAUCUUCUCUGCACUCUUUUCUGUCUCAGCUUAGAGACUUUGAGAAAAUGACCAACCAGAAAAUGUUUACACUGAUUUUGUAGUAAUUCAGAGUUUU